AGGCAGGCGAAGGCGACUUUGUGAAGUUCUGUAUUUGCUUUGCUUCUAUAUUAAUUUAUAGUUAAAUUAAUACAUAGUGCAUUUUAUUUCACAAAAUAUGGAACAUUAUCUCGGCGGUGGACAUUUUUUAAUUUAUUGUUAUAGUUACUUUUUAUGUUGACAAGUUAUGGGUGAUACGGUUUAUGUUGAUAUAUUUAUUGUUUCAUUCAGUGUUUUAAAUAUUCCUAAGCUUGAAUGAGUUCAAAGUGAUCAUAGGUGAUACUGUAGUUAUAAUCGUGAUGAAUGAAUAUUAGGAAUUGUAAUGUAAAUAAAAAAUAUAUUGUUUGUACGCGCAUGCGUUUUUGUCAAAAACAGACAAAGGUUUUGUGUGGUUUGAAAAUCAGCUGUGUGUGCAAUGACUUAGUGGUACAAAAAGUGUGUGUUUGCAAGCGACAAUGUUUAGUGAAAUUGGAUAUGUAGUAUUUCUGCUGCUUGCUCUGCCAUACAUAGAAAGUGCAUCGCGCCGCCUAAGCGACUACGUGGAACAUUACGAACCGCUACAGUACGACGCGCACGCGAUUCACGCACAACAUUCACGCACGCGCCGCUCUGCCGACGCGCCACAACUGCGGAUAGCGUUCCACGCACACGGCCGUCGCUUCCAUCUACGACUAAGGAGAGACCUAUCCGCCUUCAGCCGGGAUUUUAAGGUCGAAGGAUCCAAUGGUGAAAUCCACGAUGUCGAUACAUCGCACAUAUAUCGCGGCGAUUUGGUCGACGACCCGCAAUCAACGGUAUUCGGCUCGGUGACGGAAGGUGUGUUCGAGGGGAAGAUGAUCACCAGCGAUGGCACCUUCUAUGUGGAGCACGCUCGCAGAUACUUCCCGCCCAAUGGGACGAGAACGCGAGUCCACUCCGUUAUAUACAAAGAAGCCGAUGUCAGCGAUCCUUACUCUCAUCGGCGACAUGGUCACGUGGGUGGCUGCGGAAUCACAGACGAAGUGGUCCAAUGGAUGGACCGCAUACAAAAUUCAGGCGUCGAUGAUGAUCCACCCACAUCACCUGCGCCUUCGCCACCUUCACACUCACCGCCACACCCGAACAGCCUAAGAGACGAUCCACCAAGGUACUGGGAGCAUCAUCACAACAAAUACUCACGAGCGGCGAAUACUGGUGAGCAUUCUAGAACGCGACGAGCAGCACAGGACAACAGGAACACGUGCUCGCUGUUCAUAGAAACAGAUCCGCUAAUAUGGCGGCACGUCAGAGAGGGCUUCCCGGAUCAUCGAGAUCCAAGUAAAAAGAACGAAGUAGAUAUGAAAACUCGAGAAGAAAUCCUAUCACUAAUAUCACAUCACGUUGAAGCAGUUAACUACAUAUACAGGGAUACGAAGUUCGACGGACGUUUGGAGCAUAGAAAUAUCAAGUUUGAAGUCCAACGAAUCAAGAUUGACGAUGAUUCUAUGUGCAACCCGCAUCACUAUUCCACGGAGACCAAUCAGUUCUGCUUAGAGAACAUCGAUGUGUCUAAUUUUCUAAAUUUGCACUCGCUAGGCAACCACGAAGACUUCUGUCUUGCUUAUGUGUUUACUUACCGCGACUUCACAGGAGGUACUUUAGGUCUAGCCUGGGUAGCAAGUGCCAGCGGAGCGUCGGGCGGAAUUUGCGAGAAGUACAAAACGUACACGGAGACAAACGGCGGAAUGUACCAGAGCACGAAGCGCUCACUCAACACCGGCAUCAUCACGUUUGUGAACUACAACAGCAGGGUGCCCCCCAAAGUCAGCCAGCUCACCCUCGCGCACGAAAUUGGACAUAACUUCGGAUCACCGCACGACUACCCGUCGGAGUGCCGGCCGGGCGGGCAGCAGGGCAACUACAUAAUGUUCGCGUCGGCGACGUCGGGCGACCGGCCCAACAACGGGCGCUUCAGCGCGUGCUCGGUGGGCAACAUCAGCGCCGUGCUGGACGCCGUGCGCGACGGCCGCAAGCGCAACUGCCUCAGCGCCAGCGAGGGCGCCUUCUGCGGGAACAAGAUCGUCGAGGCCGGCGAGGAAUGCGACUGCGGUUACGACGAGAACGAAUGCAAAGAUCACUGCUGCUACCCGCGGCAACUAAGCUCAUUCGACAGAGAGAGGAACAGCACCGCUAAGGGAUGCACUCGGAAAGCUAAUACUCAGUGCAGCCCGUCGCAGGGCCCGUGCUGCCAGUCGGAGUCGUGCCAGUUCGUGAGCGCGGCGCGCAACCAGACGUGCCGCGAGGCCACCGAGUGCAGCCACGCCUCCUUCUGCUCGGGCCGCUCCGCCGAGUGCCCCCGGCCCCGCCCCAUGGCCAACCACACCAAGUGCAAUAACGACACGCAGCUGUGCAUCAGCGGUGAGUGCCGCGGCUCGAUCUGCCUGGCGUGGAACAUGACGGAGUGCUUCCUGUCGUCGAGCCCGGCGGCGGCGGGCGACGGCGUGACGGCGGUAGCUGACCGGCGCGCGCUGUGCCAGCUGGCGUGCCAGAGCGGCAACGAGCCCACCACCUGCCGCAGCACGGCGGCCUUCGCGGCGCGCGUCGGCCUGCCGCCCGGCGGCAUCAGCCUGCGCCCCGGCUCGCCCUGCGACAAUUUCCAGGGGUACUGUGACGUGUUCCUGAAGUGCCGCGCGGUUGAUGCGGAGGGUCCGCUGGCUCGGCUGAAGAACCUGCUGCUGAACCGCGCCACGCUGCAGACCGUGCAGGCCUGGGUCACGGAACAGUGGUGGGCCGUGCUGCUGGGCGGCGUCGCGCUCGUCGUCUGCAUGGGCGCCUUCGUCAAGUGCUGCGCCGUGCACACGCCCUCGUCCAACCCGAAGCGACCGCCCGCCAGGCGACUAUCCGAGACGCUGCGGCGGCCGAUGAACACGCUGCGUCGCAUGCGCGCGCCGGGCGAGGCGCGACGCGACGCGCGCGCGCCGCCGCGGCCCGGACACCGCCGCGCGCGCACGCACAAGGGAUACGCGCCGCCGCUCGCCUACGCGCACAGGGACCUCGCUUCUGCACCCCCAGGGCCAAGUGGGCGACGAAGUGAACCGUACGCCAACGCGUAUCCACAAUCUUAUGAAAUGAGACCUCCACAAAAGGUCUGACAGUACGAGCAAUGUGCAUCGGGCGAAGUGGGCGGGGGUCAACUGGAGUUGGUCGCAUUAGCGCCUGGUGUGCCUCUGCUUUUGGGUUACGUUUACCGACCACCAGACCAGAAAGUCACCGUCGCCUCACAAACUACCAUCACUCUUCAUUCGCCCGAGUCUCUGACGGUCACCAACCCGCAACGAUCGCAGACCGACAUUUAAAAUACGAUAGGAGGGAGCGAUUCUGAAUGAUUUUUCGAGCGAUUUUGUGGUUCAUCCUGUAACUAAGUUGCGUGGUAUAAAUAAAGUCGGGAGUUGGUAUAUAAAAUGCGUUAGUCGAAACUUGUCUCUUUCGGCUGAUUUAGUAUUUUUAAUUCGAUAGGCAAUAAGUAUUUUUUUAGAAUAUAUGUAAUUUGAAGCGAUAAAGUUAAUAUUAAUUGUUGAUUGUAUUCGCUUGUAGCGAUAUACCGAAAAUAUUUUGAUGCGAUCAUUCAUAAUCGCUCACUUCUAUCGGCAGACAGUUCAGUAUUGUCACGGACCGUUUACAUUUAUUGUAUCCUCGUUUAAAACGAAACUGUGAAAAUCAACGGACGUCUUUACGGCUGCAGUAAUUUUAAAAGUUACAAAUGGACCUGAAACUUACAUAUACCACACUCUUAUAUAAUAAGACUUGCCAAUAAAAUAACGAUUUAAAAAGGCAUCCGCUUGCUUUCUAUCUCACUCACACUAUAGCUCCGUCUAUAUUCACACACCACGGGGCUAAAUACAAAUAAAUACUGUCUGGAUUAUGUUAAUACGCCAGUAUGACACGGUCCGAAUUUCUAAACACGUUCUUUUUUUUUGCCUACCUGUUCCGUUAUUAUUAUUAUUAUACUAUUAUAACAGCGUAUUAAACGAAAUUAAAAUUGUUUAUAGUAUCGGUAACGGACAGCCUUUUGCUAUUUUGAGAUCGUGUUUUUAUUGGCGUGUCUUAUAAAUACUUCUUUACUUGGAAUCGCAACACUCGUUUUAUAUUUGGUAAGAUAAUUAGUUGCUCAAGAAAAAAAAUUAAAUCGCUCUAUAUUACUCAAACGCUGGGCUCAAUUUUGAUUGGCAAAAUAUGUUUUCUACAAAAGUUAGCUUAUUAUUUUUAUACAAUGAAAUAGAGAUUGUGAAAGACGAUACACUCUCGUACCAGUGACGCUGCAGUAAAACGCUUAAGGAACCAGACAUUUAUGUAUAUUUUUGUAUAUAAAUGAAGAGGUAUAUACAAGCUACGAUGUAUAAAUAUCACACUAAUAUUCAUACAGAUAUUAGAAUAUACAAUUGCAGCAUUGUUUAAGUGGAACCUGUGUAAGUGUCAUUUUAUAUAAAGUUAUUUUCAUUAUUACAUUUAAAUGUUAUAAGUAAGUGGAAAAGUUGUGGUGCCAUGAAACCAAUUUUUACUCACUCCUAAUUGUUUUCGAAUUCCUUUUAUUUUCUUAUUACUGAUGUGAAUAGGUUUGACAAUCAUUCCAAACAUUAUAAUAUUUAAUAAAUUUAUUAAGCUCAAAAUUAAAUUUUUACUACCGCAACAUUCAUUGGCACACUGCCAGGGAGAAAUCACUAUUGAGACUUCCUUUACCUAGUAAUUUUAUAUUGACACGUAUUAUUUCUUUUUACUCUAGAAUAAUUGUAAUUAUAGUGAAAGCAACUCAAAAUAUUUCUCCCUUAGAUAAUUGGCGCUGAUUAUUAGUCUUCCUAUGGCAAUUUAUUAUGAAGGUUUGUAUUCAUUUAAUUUAAUUUAUAGGAGUAAUAUAAAAUUGAACAGUAUUGCCAAAUGAUCAAAAUGUAAUUAGACUGAAAAGUUUCAAUCUCUUUAUGAUAAAAAUUGCAUUUUAUAAGUUAAGUUAGCGCGUUGCGCGUCGCGAUGGCUCAAAUAAUUCGUAUACAAUUUGAUUUAUCGUUUGGUGCAUACAAAAUUGCAUAUCACAUUAUUAUAUUUACUUUGUCGUGUCUGGUAUAUAAUUACUCUGUUGUACAUUUCAGUUCAAUUGAUCUCUAGUAGAUAAUAUUUUUUUUUAAUUUCAAACGAUCUAUGUAGAAUAACUGUCCGUCGUGCAAGCCAAAGAGCAUGAUGUAUUUUUAUGAUUUUUUAUACAUUAAUGUUAAGGAUCAGUCUUAUUAGUACACCAUAUAAAUGCCAUUUUAUUAGUGAAUGUCGACGAUACACGCGUUCUUGUAAUUGUACUAUAAACAUUGUAUAUUUGUAUGUAAAACGAGAGGGUAAUGUUUCUGAUGUAGAUUGACUCGACCAAUCGUGUAAUUGAUGGGCAUAAUGUUUCCAUCAAGUAGUACUCAAUGGCAUUAUUUCUCUUAAUCGUAAGCUAGACUACUGUAAUAGAUUAUUUAAUUGACAAUGUGAAUAUUUUUAAUUAACAAGAUGAAUGUUACAACAUGUGAUUUCAAAAUAAUAAAAAAAUACAAUAAAUUUUACAUGA